AUGGCGUUUAAUUUUGCAAUCCCUGAACUCACUUGUAGUUUUUCAUAUGCAAAUCGUCCUGAAGUUAGCUUCGCCGUAAUUUUGUUACUUCCCACCACAGGUAUCUUUCUUAUAUGGCUGUUGCAUGGCUUGUCUAGAAUCAUUAGUAGUUGCCGGCAAAAUUUAAUCAUUCCAAGUUCUUCAUGCAAGCGAUUAAGUAUUAAAAUACUCUUAUUUGUGUACUUUCCUAUUACUGCCAAAACUCUUCAGGCAGUGUUACCUUGCGAACAUCGUGACGGUUUGUCGUAUUUAAAAGUCACGCCAUGGUUAGACUGUAAUGGUACCUCUUAUACCUGGCUGGUAGCUUUAGGGUAUGUUUCAUUGGUGGUAUUUGUUAUUGGUGUGCCUUUUUUUGUAUUUGUUUCUUUGCUCUGUAAAUACGUAGACCAUCACGGCCAGGCUGUUUCAGAAGAGACGAAUAUUUGGUUGAAACCUCUUUACAACGACUUUAAGACGCCAUACCGUCGCUAUUUCCCGUUGGUUUUUCUCGGCCGUCGACUCUUGCUUGCCGUGUUUCUUACCGUUGUUCCAACUACCUCAUCUUACCAAGUUAUGGGCAUAACGGUUCUUCUGGUUAUCUCUAUAGCUAUAACCUUAAUUUUCAGACCUUUCGAACAGUACUCGGAAAGAUUCGAGUUUGAAACUUUGGCUGAUGUGAUCGUUUCUGUUGUUUUGUUGUUGUCGUUUGUCGGCUUGGCGUUGUUACGAGUUUCUCCGAAAUUUGAUAACUCCCUGGUGUGGUUGAUCAUUUCUAUGAAUUGUGUUGUGGUGUUAAGUUGCGUUGUAGGUAUGCUCGUGUUGUUUGCUGUCAAUCUAUGCAAGUCCCCGGGCAACGACAACGUACAGCCUGAAAAUGUUCAGCAAUACGAGCAGAUUCCAGAUUAG